UAAUUUUUUGUUGAGUAAAGGUAGUUGGUUCCCAUUGAUCCAGCGUCUGCCUCUUACUCCACAUCUAGAGCUCAUUGAAUUAUAGUUGGUGACCUACUUUUUUUUCACUCCAACUAGAUCUUUCUCCCCUCUAAGAGAAGCAUCAAACAUGGGUCUUGCACCUUCUAUGCCCAUUUUCUUGGAGGCUUAUCCGCAGCAAUGAGAAUUUAAGAGAUUUAAGAUUUAGAUAACUACGUGUGUUAGAAAACAACAAAAGUUCGUGAAUUGACAUUAAUUUCUUUUCAACCCCUUUGAGGGCCAAGUUGCUUUGAGGGGAUGACGUGACGUCCAUGUCUAUAAUCUUUCAGAAUAUCUUCUAAUAUCCAUCUCUUUUUAUUUAUUUUCUUUCAAUUUUUUUUUCUAUGCAAUCUUUUAAAAUUGAUGCAUUUAUUCUUUUGGCUUCCUCUGAGAACCCAAUUCUAAUAUCCCUCUUGUGUGUUGAAUUGAUUGACCCCUUUAUCCUGUUUUGGUUCCCAACAAGUCAAAGUCUUCUUCAGCUUUGUGGUGAAAACAAACACCAAGGGGAUUCAAAUUCAAGUUCUGAUUCCUUUGUGAGUGCCUUACACAAGUUUAGGUUUGGUUUGGCAUCAUAAAAGGGACAUAAAGCAAAAAAUAGUUUUGUGGGGAGCAACUGUUGGUUAUGGAUUGGGAUGGGAAAGAGUUUGCUUGGGAUCCACGUGGGUUGGAGCUGCUGGCCAAUGGUGAAGGCCAGAAGAGUGAAGCAGCUUCAGUGGAUUUGAGGCUUGGUGGGGAAAAAAUAGCCCCAGAUGUUGCUAAAGACACAAAAGAAUCGAAAACCGUGUCAUCGCCAUCUGGUUCGUCGAAAAGAUCCCGCCUUCAGAAUGGAUCACAGAACAUGUGUUGUUCUGUUGAUGGAUGCAAUUCUGACCUCAGUGAUUGCAGAGAUUAUCACAGGCGCCAUAGGGUCUGCGAAAAGCACUCCAAAACCCCGGUUGUGUUGGUGGGGGGGAAACAACAGAGGUUCUGCCAACAAUGCAGCAGGUUUCAUUCACUUGGGGAGUUUGAUGAGGUUAAGAGGAGUUGUAGGAAACGGCUUGACGGGCAUAACAGGCGCCGGAGGAAACCUCAGCCACCGUCUCUUUUCAUGGCUGCUGAGAAGUUCAUGUACAAUUACAAAGGACCUAGAAUCCUACACUUUGGUAGCCCUGAGGCUUAUGCCAACCCUAUUAUGAGAAACAUGUGGCCUGCUGCUGCCAAAACUGGAGCUGAAUCUGGUUAUGAUCCUCCUCGACUUUUAUACAGAAUCGACAAGCAUAAGCAAGAUAAGGGACAUCCUCUUUGGCAAGAAAAUGACCCUAAAGUAGGCAGUGGUGAUGAAGCAAUGCCGGGAACUCCCAUUUGUCAGCCUAUUCAUGGCACCAUUGCCCCAUCAACGGGUGGAAAGAGCACCCGAAAGCUCUCUACAGAUGCAAAACCUGGAUCCUUUGACUCAGGUUGUGCUCUCUAUCUUCUGUCAACACUUCAGUCACAAAGUCCAGAGUUGAGUAUGGCGCAAUCUAGCAUCACCUGUCCAAUGCAAUCUCCAUCCGGAUCUGUGCAUUUUGAUGCUGUGAAUGAGUAUUCAUGCUCAGAAACGGAAAAAGAUAAGCCCAGUGGUCAAGUAUUGGUUUUUGAUGCAAACACAACCAACCUUCAUUACAACGGAAUGCUGCAGAUGGGGCUGGAUGGAUUGGUUGAAAAUGAGGACCCACUGACACUUCCCUUCUUGUGGGAGUAGGUAGCUAACUAAGUGGUUAUGUCUUUGUUGGGAAAUUUUUGGAUUCAAAACCUUGUGAGUGUACUCCAAUGAUUAAAGCUUAAACUUGUUGAAGCUUUCAAUAAGGGUCCUUUGUGGCUGUCAAUCUUGUUGUGGUAGCACAAUUGAUUAUGCGGCGGAUGAUGAAAUCGAUUGUAUGCCGAUAACUAUGUUCUUUCAGUUGUCUUGAGAUCAGUUUGAACAGUUCAGAAAUUAUUUUCUUUAGUGAAAGAUUUUCAAUUUCAUUGA